ACCAGCCAAUAUCAAUCUCAACUCCCUGGGGACCAUACAUCCAUUGCUGCCAUUCGGGCACUCACAGUUAGCAUUCUACAAUUAUAGCACUGCCCAACCACAUACUCAUUUAUAGCUGAGUAGACUGGAACAAGAGGAGCUAAGUAUCUUGCUCAAAGAUACAACACAGUGCCGUGCCAUGACUCCAACCCGCAAACCCUUGGUCACGAGCCCAGUGUCGUACCACUAGACUACCGUGCCUCUGGAUUGCCAGUACAAUUUGAUGUUUUACCACCGGAACCCCCUACAGAGUUAGAGCUACAAGCUAGACAAAUCCUCCCAGCAGAGUAUGAUUAUCCAUUUGAAAAUAUUGUAUUUGAAGGAGGUGGCAGCAAGGGGAUGGCCUACUGUGGUGCGGUUCGGGUACUUGAAAAUAUAGGUUUGUUUCCACAAAUCAAACGCUUUGCUGGCACCAGUGCCGGUGCUAUCACUGCCGCCUUGCUCUCAGCCGGAUACAAUUCACAUGACAUCGAAACAUUCAUGAAGAACGACCUCUCCAAAAACUUCAUGCUCGAUGGCUCAUUUCUUUGGAGAUGGUUUACAUGCUUACCGAGGUUUAUAUUGGGGUACGGAUUAAGUCCUGCCACACAAAUCAACGAGUGGCUUGGUGAUAAGCUACGCAAUAAAACUGGCAGUGCUGAUGUCACUUUCGAGCAGCUUUACGACAGGACCGGUAAAGAACUUUGCGUUGUUGUCACUAACGUCAACAACAUGUCUGAGGAGUAUUGCCAUCCUAAAACCACACCGGAUAUGCCCGUUAGACUCGCUGUGCUCAUGUCCAUGUCAAUUCCAGGCAUGUUCCAGGUCGUAAAGUACAACCACAAUGCACGUGCAUCAUCCAACAUGUAUAUUGACGGAGGAAUUCUGUGUAACUUCCCAAUCCACUGCUUCGAUGGUUGGUGGCUGUCUAUGAAGCCAAAUGAUGCUUUCAUCCGCAGAUUAUAUAAUCUAAAGGAACUUCCUAUUGUCAUGAGUAAAGCACACAGAUUUGGGGAACGGUCGGACAAAACCCUUGGGUUUCUUGUGUAUUCAGAAGCUGAAGCUGACAACUUCAAGUUCUAUCUGGAGAAGCGAUCGCCAGUACUUGCUCGGUCUAACUCUUCACUUAACAGGAGGCGAAAAACACAAUUUCUUGAGCAGGCCAGGGAACGAAAACGUAUCGCUGAUGCUGUCAAUCGCUUCCUUCCGCUUGUAGAUGAAUAUGACAAAAACCACGACGGAAAGGUCAAUUACCAAGAAUUUCAGCAGGUCUACGACCACUUUCCUGACGAGGACAAACACAUUCUGUUUGGUGACCAUGCUGGAUCAAAGGCUUUGUUUGAAACGCUAGACGAAAACAGUGAUGGACAGGUGAGGUUCCAGGAAAUAAUGCGCUACGUAGAGCGGAAAGGACUGGAUGUGAACCAGAAAUACCUGGGAUACAAACGACAGGAUGUUACAAGCCUUACAUCCUACGCCCUUACCGUAUUUGAUACCAUGCUCCUAAACCUCAAACGACUGUACAUGGAGCAUGAUGACCUUGAGCGUUCUGUUGGUAUAAAUACGGGGCAUAUUGAAACAGCAGACUUCGACCUUGAAGAUGAGGACAUUGCUUUCAUGCUGGAGCAAGGAAAAAACACUACAGUUGAUUUUCUUAAAAUGUAUGCGGCGAAGAGGAAUGCGAAGUUGGCUGAAUCCUCUGGAGAAAGAAACUAGAGCUCGUGAAUUCGUCAUAUGAUUACUCAGUCCAAUCAGGUGACAGACAUUACAUUGGACACGGAGCCACAACACUGUAAAUUAACGAUAAAUAUUGUACAUAAAACAAAAAUGGGUAAACUCCUGUUUCUAAACAAUAGUUGGUACUAAACAAUAGUUGGUAAGUAUGGAUUGUUAAAAGAUUCAUGUAGCACAACCAAAAAGUGUUUACAUGUGACGUUUCGAUGACUAGUCAAAAUGUUCUCUGUUAAAUUCAUUAGACAAUAAAACAAAGCGUAGCUGAAUCGAGUCAUUUCGGUGCAUAUAUAACAACUACAUUUACUUGCACAGCGUAGCCGAAUCGACAUCGAUUUGUGGACAACUCAUACAUAAUGUCCACGUUUGAGUACAUACGUUUCACUUGUCAUUUGUCUGAUGAAAGUGACAGAGUAGAUACCGUACAUGUCAUUGCAACGUCACAUAUGAACACCUUUUGGUUGUGCUACAUGAGUCUUUUCACAAUCGGUAAAAUCCUAUGUACAGUAUUAGUUUGUUACGAAAAAAAUCAGUAACACGUGUUAAUGUCUCUUCCCUAGACAUGUUUACCCCGCGAUGUUGUUUUAAGGGGUACUAGCUCAGGGCUACUUAGCUCAGACUUAUGAGGGUUGUUUGGUUUCUUCUUGAUCUUUAUUUUUAUGUAAUUGUUGUUGACGGAACUGUGGUAGGUAACUACUGGUGACUGUAGAGUAGAGCGAUCAUCACUAAUUCGAAAAUUCAGGGUCCAAAUUCCAGACUUGUCAUUUUUUCACUUACAUAUUUACAAUCCUGCUCCAUAUUGUAAAACACAAUUGUUGAUUUUACUGAUUUUCAUAUUGUUUUAUAACUGAUUUAAACCCUGGAAUAUUCCGCAACUGGGUUCUUGUCGGAUUUUAAUGCUAUAAUAGUCAGGCUUUAACAAAAAUCUCGCCAGUGCAUAGAUAUUGAUCUUGGCAGUGGUGCAGUGAUCUUGAACCAUUCUCUUUCAAACCGAUUAUAAUUUGGGCAAACGUAGGACGACCAUAUCAUAAUCUGGUUUAAGAAUUUUGAAUAAUCCUUUUAAUCUGGUGUAAAUCGUUUAUACUCAGUGGGACAUUUCAAAAAUUGUAUUUUAAGUAAAUUGCAUCAUUUUUUUUGUACCGUUAAUUAAUAUAUUUUGAUUGGCUCGGUAUUGUUAUACUUUUGAAUGUUUAUGUUAAACCGCUAUUGGAAUGGUGCUCGGUCUUAUUUGACAUGACAUAUGAUUGCAUAAUCACAACCAAUUUAUCAUAGUAUUUAUGCCCUUGUUUCUUACAUUUAUCCAAGUGACAGAUCACACCUUUUCUGUCCUUUUCUUUCGAUAGCAUAGCACAGUCAUGAAAAGCCAAAUGCUGUUUUGAUUAAUCAACCCUCAUGAAGAAAAAGUCAGUUCAAAUUAAUUUCAAUAUUAUUCAAUUGUGUUCUACUGUUAAGUCUUUCCAGUUUUACAUUUUAUUACCAUAAAGGUCUAGAAACACGUAACGCACCAUUAUUACUAUACCAGUAUUGUUAUAUUUGAUCAUGAUACUAAUUUUUUCCUUAAUUUAUUCAUUAUUGUAGCUUGUUAUUUGCAGCAAAUGCUGUAGAAGCCUAACAUAUCGCUGGGGUUUAGUGUUGUGUUUCUUAUAAAAACUAUCGUUGGGGUAAUAUUUUGUGGAAGUGUCGUUUCUAAACAAAUCAUUUUGUUUCUAUGCGAGUUCAGUGUCUGUAUUUGUAAAACCAGCCCGGCGUUUAACAAUCAAAACUUAACAAGAAUACAAUUGUCAACUAUUGAUGAUCCUUACUUAUAAAAACAUAUAGUUACGAAAAAUACAACUUAAAUGCCUCGAGGCUUACCAUCAGCAACACACACUUGUUAUUUCAUUUGUUUAUCUGCUUGUUUUUACACCAGUGAGGUUUCACAUUUUUUCCGUUUUGUUUUGUUAUGUGGAUUGUCCUUUCGUCUUCACUUCUUUUCCAAUGUACCAGUAAAAUAACAAUAGCUUACAGCCGAUGUGCUUUAUGCAUAAUUUGAAACAGUUUUAUCCUCAUAUCUUUGUAGCAUUUUAUCCAUCUGUCCUCAUUAAUAUGUGUCCAUGUCAACUGUGACGUACAGUCCUAAAGGGGAGAGGAAGUAGCUCUCAGUUUAUUUUUCAAUUUUCUUUACACUAGAUGUAUGUUUUGUAGCAUGUUCAAUUUGCAAGAAAAAGGAAAUAAGAUAAUGUUUAAUAUGCCCAGCACUCUAACUUCAUAAUUACAAUGUUUCAUAUUAAGGAACUUUUGAAGUCGAUUUUACUGUGUUUAACUUUCAAGGACACACGAAAAAUAAGACAACGCAUUAUACGCAAAACUAACCCACAAAUAGGUGGUAAACGACCUUUUGAUACGAGUUGCUUCCCUUUAAUCACCAGGUUGCUGUGGUCGAUGUCGGUAGUAAGACACAAAAAUGUAACUUUUUGUGGUCUACUUUACAGUUAUCACAGUUUAAAGGGGCAGGUCGGGGGGAAAAUGUCAUAUUUGCUAAAAUGGCAUACACAUGUUUAAAAUACCUUCUCAUGCAAUUUACCGAUUAAAGAAAAUCCUUAAUCGUCACCUGAUCAUGACAGUCUAAAACUCUCAAUCGACCCAGACCAGUGAUGUAAUUUUACCGAACGCGCGUCAUCAACAAGGCCAA